UGGAGGUGGAGUCUGUAGGUGGGGAGGGAGAAGAAAGGGGAGAGGAGGAAAACGGGGAAAGGCGGAUACAACAGAAACGGGGGGAGGACGGUGGAUGAUUUACGCUUUAAAAGUUGCAUUACAACAAAUUUAAGAGUUGCGGCGAAGAGGAAUAAAACAAGAUGAUAACGCCCUACUUCCUAGAGAAUUUCUGGGGAGAAAAAAAUAAUGGCUUCGACGUGCUCUACCAUAACAUGAAGCAUGGCCAAAUUUCCUCCAAGGAGUUGACAGACUUCAUCAGAGAAAGGAGUACUAUUGAAGAGGCCUAUGCCAGGUCUAUGACCAAACUUGCCAAGUCAGCUGGCAACUUUUCUCAGCUUGGGACUUUUGCUCCAGUGUGGGAUGUGUUCAAGAGCUCAACAGAGAAGCUGGCCAUCUGUCACAUGGAGCUAGUGAGGAAACUACAGGAACUCAUAAAAGAGGUUCAGAAGUAUGUGGAAGAGCAGGCCAAAGCACACAAAAAGACAAAAGAGGAGGUGGCAUCCACCCUGGAGGCUGUACAGAACAUCCAGACCACCUCUCAGGCUCUGCAGAAGUCCAAGGAGAUCUACAAUGCCAAAACUGUGGAGCAGGAGCGUCUCCGCAAAGAAGGGGCCACCCAGAGAGAUGUGGACAAGGCUGGAGUGAAAGCCAAAAAAGCCACAGAGACCUAUAAGUUGUAUGUGGAGAAAUAUGCCACAGCUAAGUCGGAGUUUGAACAGAAGAUGGCAGAAACUGCACAGAAAUUCCAAGACAUUGAAGAAAACCACAUUCUCCACAUGAAGGAGAUCAUUCAGUCAUACUCACAGUCUGUCGAUGAAACACACAUUCAAAUAGGAGAGGUCCACAAUGAAUUUGUGAGGAACAUUGAGAACACCUCAGUGGAGAGCUUAAUACAGAAACUGGCCGAGAGCAAAGGAACGGGCACCGAGAGACCAGGACCGAUUGAGUUUGAGGAGUGCAACGCAGCUAUUGCUACUGAAGGUGCCAAACCCAGAAAGAGAAAACCUUUUGGCAUCCCAGGUCGUAGGAAAGACAAGGACACAGACUCCACGGAGUCUACAGAAGUUGAAGCUGCUAACACUGCCAAUGGCGCUCCCCCUGGAUAUUAUGGAGCCAUAGACAUCCAGAACGCUAAUGUUCCCCAAGUUGAUGCAGAGGGCUUCUGUAUCAGACCGGAAGCAAAUGAAAACAAUGCCAAAGAGAAUUCCUUCUAUUCGUCCAGCGACUCAGAGGAUGAAGAUGAACCCAGGAAGUUCCAUGUAGAAAUAAAGCCUGUUCAGCCAAACAACGGCACGCAUCAGAACCGAGCCACCAUCGACGAGCUUAAAGCCUCCAUUGGAAACAUCAUCCUGUCACCCUCAACCUCGGGACAGAUGCGGAGGAACCAGUCCAGUGAUGAACUAGCAAAAACCAGAGUGCCAACAUCCUAUGAACUGGCUAACAACGACCUUCUGUCUCUAGACCCGUUCAGCCCGAAUGUCACAGCAGGCUCCUCUUUCUCUGUGUCCUCAUCAACAGAUCUUGCCUCUAUCUUCCUUUCAAUUCCUCCACCUCCAUCUUUUCUGAUGAAUGACUCAGACGUCCUUUUGCCAGAGGCAUCAGCUGAGAUGGUGCCACACCGGGAGCCAUCUCCUCCCCGGGCAGAGAGCCAACAAUCCAAAGAUGUCUCCUCUUUCUCUUCGUCCACAUCCUCUCCGUGGGACUCACCAGAAAACCCUUUCCAGGCACUCAAGCCUGUGCCAGCGAGGGCCCAGAGCGCCCCAAUCACGCUGCCAACUGAGCCUGUUGACCCCAUCAAAAGCCCGGCUGCUGCCAGCCCUCCAAAGAGCGUCAAUGCCUUCUCCUCCGUGUCCUGGUCCCAGAGCCAGUGGAUCGCCUUCAGUGAUAAUUUCGCUCCACCUCGACAUCAGGGCUCAGGGUCAUCUGUGAAGGAGGUCCAGAGGCCUCAGUCCGGCUCCGGCAGGUCAAGUCGCUUCCUCUCUGAUGACUCUGUUGACACCUACUGCAAAGCUGCAGGCAGCAGAGAAGACAGCAACCCCUGUUUCUCUGAUGUCUUCUCUGGGAUUACAGAUAGGGCGAUGGCAGCAGCUCCAUCAAGCAAAAUAUUUAAUGUGCCGGUACCAAACCGACCUACGACGCCGCUGACAGCUGGAGCCCUGGUGCCCCCACCACGACCCUCCUCCAGGCCCAAACUUGCCACUGGAAAACUCACAGGAAUCAACGAGAUUGUACGGCCGUUCAGCCCACCCAAGACAUCGAACGCUAGCCCUCCACCUAAUGCACCACUCGCCCGGGCAGAGAGUUCCUCCUCCUUGUCCUCGAAUGCCUCACUCAGCGCUGGAAACACCCCCACUGUUGGAGCUGAGCACACCUUUGCUCUCCCCCUCUCCCCCACAGAGCCAGAGCUGCUCUCCCUCUCUCCUUUCUUUCUUCUAAGUCAAAAGGAUGAUGUGUUCAUAGCGAAGCUGCCUACCUUUGAGAAGCGGUGUGAAACACCAGCAGGGACGUCUCGCGGUCCCAGCCCUGUGACCCUGGCAUCCCAAGAUGCUUUGCCCAUUGCCGUGGCCUUCACAGAGUCGGUUAAUGCUUACUUCAAAGGAGCUGAUCCCACUAAGUGCAUUGUGAAGAUCACAGGAGACAUGACCUUGUCGUUCCCGAUGGGCAUCAUCAAGGUGUUCACCGCCAACCCCUCCCCGGCCGUGCUCACCUUCAAACUGAAGAACACCAGCAGGUUGGAGCAGAUCCUACCAAACCAACAACUACUAUACAGUGAUCCUUCCCAAAGUGACUCAAAUUCCAAGGACUUCUGGUUCAACAUGCAAGCACUGACGUCCUACCUCAGAAAAGCCUCAGAUCAGAAUCCUUCAGCUUCCUACUAUAAUGUGGACAUCCUAAAAUACCAGGUGCUGUCUGAUGGGAUCCAUUCCACUCCUCUCAACCUGGCCAUAUACUGGAAGUGUACACCGAGUACAUCAGACCUGCGGGUAGACUACCGAUACAACCCGGAGUCCAUGGCCUCCCCUGGUCCGCUCACCAAUGUACAGAUCUUAGUGCCUGUUGACGGAGGAGUCACCAACAUGCAGUCUCUGCCCAACUCCAUCUGGAAUUCAGAGCAGAAUAAGUGUCUGUGGAAGCUGAAUGACAUCUCAGAAAAGUCUGAAAAUGAAGGCGCUGGGUCCCUGAGGGCUAAGUUUGAACUGUCAGAUGGGCCAUCGACCCCCUCCACUCUGGCAGUGCAGUUUAUGAGUGAGGGGAGCACCCUGUCAGGAGUGGACAUGGAACUGCAGGGGACUGGAUACAGACUUUCUCUCAACAAGAAGAGAUUUGCCACAGGACGUUAUAUGGCAGAUUGCUGAGGUGACCCACCACUCUGUUUUGAAAGGAAAAAAAUCUUGCUUGACACAGAAGUUGGCAACUUUGCAAGGCUUCCUGAACCUCUGGAUCCAUGUAAGCACAGUCGUGCGAGCGAGAAUCUCACUACAAUAAAACAGCACUGAGUAUUGAACACUGUUUAAAAAAAAAAGAGAGAGAGAAAAAAGAAAACUAAGAUGAGCUUUCAGGAAAUGUGUAGAUAUGAAGUCUAGUAAUGCUUUCUGAUCAAUUCACUUUUGUAUAGUCAGAAACAAUUUAUGGAUUAGAUAUAAAUCUAUAUUGUAUUUGAAAUCAUAAAAAAAGAAAAAAGUGCACUAACAAUCUUUCAGCUCCUCUUUUUCCUCUUAUUAAUUUUUCAAGAGCCUAUAAGGAAUAUAAAACAAAUCAUUUCCACAUCGAAGAGAAGAAAAGCUUUCUCCCUCUCUCCCGCUGAACUGUAAAUAUUAACACUGAAUAUUCUGCUCGACCAGCUCUGACUCAACUAAAUCAGUUUUGUUUACUGAUUUUUCUCUUUUCCUCCUCAUGAUUUGUCUUUUUUGAUCAUGUGCAAUGAAGGUAGAAUCUGUCUUAAACAGCACUCACACAAGCGUGACCUUUAAAAUAACAUUGAAGUGCUUUCAAACAAAUGCAAAAAAAAAAAAUCUGACCUCAGUGCCUCAUCUUAUACUGUGGAUUAAUAGGCAACAAAAGUGCAUCAUUGUUUUCAGAUUUAAGCUACGUUUCUCUGUGAUAAAGUGCAAGGAGUUUUUUAAACAAUGACCCCUAAUGGGGUCUGUGAUCAGUGUGGUCUUUUUAGAAUUGAACUUUUUUCCUCUUGUAAAUUCCCCUUUCAGUCGUGGCUUGUAUUUUUUUUUUUUUUUUUUUUUCAUUUUUAAGCCCUUAAUUUUUAUUCUUUAUAAAAAAAAAACAUUCUCAGCAAUCUUGACUGUAAAACAUUGUUUCAAAUGUUAGAUGCUUUAAAAAAAUCAAGGGACAUUACCCCAAAUUUAACUUGCAGCCUUUUUUUAAAACUGGCAGUGUUUUUUUUAAUCACACUUGUGCCCUAUUAAUGAAGAAAUGUGCCUGAACUUUUCUCUCAUCUUUUUUUGUAUAAUACAGCACAGUUAAUGAGCAUAGCACCAACAAUGUGCCAGUUGUGUUUUUUACUCCUUUAUUUGGAUGUUGAAGGGAAAAUGUCUCCUCUUUUUACAACCCAACUGUCUUCCAGAAAUGAAUGAGUCAUGUUUGCCUUCUUGAGUUUGAUCAUUUAACUCUCUUAUAUCUCGUCUUUUUCUAUUCAAUGCUCGUCAAUUGACCUUCACCUCAUACAUUCACUGUGUAUGAGGUGAAGUGAGAUGUAAGUGAGCAGUAGCACAAUAAGGCCAAAUUAAUGAUCGAAAUGCCUUAUCACAAUUACGUGGCACUGCGUAAUCCAGUGUUGCCCGUGGUUAGCUAUUGUGACAGUACUGCCAUUGCCCUGUGAUAGAUUACUGACCUGUCCUGCCUCUCACCCAGUGCAUGCUGGGAUAAGCUUCAGCCUCUUGUAACUAUAAACAGCACAAGUGGGUACAGAAAAUGGAUGGAAAAUUGCCACGUUUGAUUCUUGGUGCUUCAUUCUUGUCUUUUACUAAUGAAGGCUGCUGCUGUAGAGGCUGUUGUACUUCUUGAUGGAGUAUUUUUAUGUUGUGUAGGACAUUUUUCAUUGACCUCAACCGUGUAAUGAUCCUUAAAUUGGUUAAUGUGACAUGUCUGGAGAUGUGAUUAGUUGCCUGGAAGCUGUGAUUGAAAUUUGAUAAAAAACCUUUUAGGGCAGGAGUUUCAUACACUGCAUCACGUGGCCAACUGACCUCUCAGAUAAGAUUUUAGGAAAUAACUUUUCACAUCAGGCAUAUUUUUUACUGUCCGCUGUGCUAUAAAACAUGGCUCAAUGUAGUUUUUAUCUGACCAGUUUGCAGGUGAUUUAAACUCGUAUUCAUACUUGAUUAUUCUGUCUCUCAUGGAAACUGAUCAUUUAUUUGAUUUCAUUCAUCAUAUCUGGCCAGAGUGAUUAUAUGUAAUGACCAGUUGUUAAUGUUUGUGAUUCUUUAAGUACCUGGUUUAAGACUCAAGCCUUUAAUAAUAAUUUAGAGGCAGACAUUAAUUUUAAAUGGAUGAUGGAAAUGUCCAUUUAAGUUGUGUCUGUUGAAUUUAAAUUUUGUAUCUCACUCUGAACUUUAAUCAGCCAAAUGUUUCAAGGUAGUUGAAAUGAAUGAGUUUACAUAAAAUCCUAAAAUUGUAGCGCCACACAUUUGUACAGUGUUUUCUCUUAACUAAUUAUAUCAGUGGUUUUGGUCAGAUAAGCCGAAUGCAUAAAAAAAAAAUAGUACACAGAUUCUGUAAUUGUAUUCUGUAUUAGCAAGCUGGUUCUUGCUGCCCCUACAAAACUUUCAAAAUAAACUUUCAAGGCUCCUUUUUUGGUCACUUUCACAUUCUUUCUUUCUUUGUAUGUUGUAUUAAAGAGAGUUUAAAGAGAGCAACACUGUGUAAAUGAUUCUCAUAAAUUGUAAAUUUUUACCAAUAUCCCACUUUUUGUCUCUAUGAUUUCUCGUUGGGCCUGUAUUAAAUGUGUAAUAUAUGAAUAUAUACAAAUAUAUUAAAAUGA